CCGGGAUAGCACACCUUUCAUGCAAGUAUUUAUCCUUGGAGCAUUUGGGUAUUGAGACAAACUCCACUUUCUAUGCUCUUGCCCUGCAGCUGCAGUUCCUUGAUCAUCACUGACAGUGACACCAUCAAAAAAAUGACCUCUCAUCCUUCCAUUUCAACCCUUCUCCCACUCAAUCCCUCAUUUCAUCUCUGAAAUGGAACCUUCCUUUUGAGCUACUGGGGCCUUCACAUCUCCUUGGUUUAGCUGCCUUGCUCUGUUCAAGUGCUGGGUUUUCUUUGGAAGCUUGAUGUAUUCGCUCUUUCCAGAUGACAAUGAGCAAUUCAAACAUCAUAGAUUUAUGCAGUGAUGAUGAAAUGGGUCGGUCAAAUAUUAAAAAAUGUAGAAGGGAGAUUGAACCUGGUUUUGAUUCUGCAUCUGCACCCUCAGUAUGUCCAACACCAAUUUCUCGGCAAUUUUGGAAAGCUGGAUACUACGAAAUAGAGCAGGGACAGAGGUGCAAAGCCGCAAACCAAUAUGGAAAAAACCAUAUGCGCAUACACCCUAUGUUCCUUCACUCAAAUGCCACUUCACAUAAGUGGGCUUUUGGAGCCAUGGCAGAGUUGCUUGACAAUGCAGUUGAUGAGGUACAAAACGGAGCUACUUUUGUUAGCAUAGACAAGAUCUCUACCCCACAGUAUGGGACUCCAGCUUUGCUAAUUCGAGAUGAUGGCGGCGGAAUGGACCCUGACGCUAUAAGGCGCUGUAUGAGCUUUGGGUUUUCAGAUAAGAAAUCAAAGUUUACCAUUGGACAAUAUGGAAAUGGAUUCAAGACAAGCUCUAUGAGACUUGGAGCAGAUGUUAUUGUCUUCAGUCGCCACUUGAAAUCAAGGUCACUGACUCAAAGUGUUGGACUCCUUUCCUAUACAUUUUUGAGGUCGAUGGGCAACAACAACGUAGUUGUACCAAUGAACACAGUGUGGGUCUUCCCAUUACUACAGGUGGAUUAUGAGUUUAACUCAUCAGCUAGAACGUUCGGGCCCUUAAUUCCACAUGAUGAAGAUCAUUUUUCUUCUAACCUGACCAUGCUGUUGCAGUGGUCUCCUUAUUCAACGGAAGACGAGUUGCUGAAGCAAUUUGAUGAUAUAGGGGAUCAUGGAACAAAAGUAGUCAUUUACAAUCUUUGGUUAAAUGAUGAUGGGGAGAUGGAACUAGAUUUUGAUUCAGAUCCUGAGGAUAUUUGUAUUAACGGUGACAAAACUGGCAGAAUGAAACAAAUUCAGUAUGUUGCUAACCUAUAUCAGCACUCUCUCCGUGCAUAUGCAUCAAUCCUGUAUAGACAGCUACCAGAGUACUUUAGAAUAAUUUUGCGUGGACGAGAUAUUGAGUACCAUAAUAUUGCCGAGGAUCUCAAAUAUGUUCAGUUUAUCAAGUAUAUGCCACAAGUUGAUGGAAACCUGGAGGUUGAAAUUAUUACCGCAAUAGGGUUUUUGAAGGAAGCACCACAUGCUAAUACUCAUGGUUUUAAUAUCUACCAUCGGAAUCGUCUGAUACUGCCAUUUUGGCGUGCAGUUGGAUGUACAAACGGUACUGGAAGAGGAGUUGUCGGUGUCCUGGAACCAGAUUUUAUUCAGCCAACUCACAACAAGCAAGAUUUUGAGAAAACUUCCCUCUUCCAAAAGCUUGAAGAUCGUUUAAAGCAAAUGACAGUGGAGUACUGGAACAAACAUUGCAAACUGAUUGGUUAUCAGCAAGUUAAAAAAACUCCAUCGACAACGACAACAUUACCUUCUUCCGUAACUCAGAAUUGUGUGGACCAAGACCAACCUUUGUUACUGAAUCAUGGUUCCCAAUAUGAAAGCUCAAACUCAAGAGCAGGUUUGAUAAAAAAGAGGAAGGAUCUUCUUGAUCCUCCACUGAAACUACAACAUGCAAAAAGGCACAUGGGAUCAUCCUGUGGAACUGAUGUCCAGUGCAUUAGUGAAGAGCCUGAAAAUAGCGUUGAGGGCAUGAUGCGAGUUUCACAGAAGAUGCUUCUGAUGCAAGAAAACAAAAGGCUUCAGUCACGGCUGCUCGCAUUGGAGAAAAUGGUGCAAGAACUUGAUUUGAAGGUGCAACAACUGAAGGAUGAACAAAAGAAUGUGGAACAACAUGCAGGUGAACUAGAGAAUGAACUGACACAGCUGACACAGACGUUGUUUGAAUCAUGCAAAUGGAAUAUGUACAAGCAGCACGUUUGCUAGACAGGGGAGGAUAAAACAUUUCAAUCUUUUGUAUUAAAAUAUUUUGCCCAUACUCCAUAGGUGACUGGAAAUUACAUUAACCUUAACCUUUUUAGGGUGGUAGAUUACAUAGCCCGUCAUACCAUGAAAACAAGAAGAUGGCAAGUAGACUUGUAUAGUUGCAGAAUCUCUCCCUUAAUGAAAAUUUUCUGUUUAUAUU